AUGCACUUCGAGGUGCUUUCCGCUGACAACAGUACUCCCGGAGCGCGUCUAGGCGUGCUCUCGAGGAGUUCCGGAGCAGCUACAGAUGGGACAGGCACCCCAGAAACCAGCUCUAUUGUGACACCCACUUGGGUACUGCCAACUGUACGCGGGUCGACGCCGGGCAUAGCAAACACGCUGUUGGAGCGGUACUGCUUGCGGGUCGCUGGGGCGGGCGCUCACGCCACUUGCGGACGCGUGCCGGUAUCGACAGGCUCAAACGAGGCCGCCCAGGAAUACGAUGACCACUCUCAGAGCUCGUUUUGCGUUGGGGUCAGCGCACUGGACUUUUGGAACUACAAAGGCACCGAAGAACCUGACGGUGCCAAGUUUUUGGAGCUGAAUGCUGAAAAAGACGCACGUCAUUUAUGCAGUUGGCAGGCGUUUCCUGGCCCGCUUGUUCUUUCCAUGAGAUCAGCGCUUGCACUCUUCGACAUGCUUGAAAAAGACGGACAUCCGCAGGUUGUCCAGUUCCAGAAUCGGUCGACUCGGAAGCGCUUGCCUGCAAACGAGGCGCAUAGGAUCGUCGCUGAAGGCCUCUUCGGGGACACGCGUGGCUCGCGCAUGCCAGUAACGCCGGAGCGCAUCCUGGACCUGCAGCAGGCCAUGCGCUGUGACCUGUACGAGACACUGUAUGAGGUGUCGAGCUGGCCUCAACCAGACAGUAGCGAUCCAGCUGAUCGAGACAGAAGGGAUCUCUUGGAGGCAACGGGUUACGCGCUCGACGCUGGCGCCAAUGCGCACCCACGUAUUGGCACUGUGGACACGCUGCCUGCAGAGCGCACGAAGCAAUGGGGAACGCAUACGCUGCGCUGCGCUGCCAUUCGCAAUACGCCGGGGCAUGCGCUGCUCUCGGUUCCGAUCUCCAGAUCCGAGGAGUUCGACAGAGGGACCUCACGCUGGGCUCUGGAGCUGGCUAACGCAUACCGCGACCGGGUUGCUGGUUUCAAUCUGGUUGGCUUGGGCAAUGGUGGAGCGCCCAUGCUCGAUGUUCUGCGCCAGUGCCUUAAGAUGGUCCAGCACCUUCGCUCUGCGACAUCGAAGAAUCUUCCGGUGUUCUGCACUGGCGGCUCUGCAUGGCUUGUCGACGGAUCGCCAGCAAUCGUUCUGGGACUCGUUUCCAGCGGCGUCGAUGUACUCGAGAGCCGCUACCCCUUCGUGAUGGCGGAAUGCUGCUACGCACUCGAUCUAUUCCACGAGUCUCAAGCGGCGGACAGCGAAGCCUCUGAUCCACUGCUGUACACGAGUGUGCGUGACCCCCGCUGGGCACACGACGCGCGACCAAUACUCCAAACUUGCCGCUCAGCAGCGAGCGCGCGCCGUUGCACCAUUGGGAGAACGUAUACGCGUGCAUACUGGUACCAUCUGUUUCAGGUCAACGAAAUGCUCGGACCAAUGCUGCUCUCUCUCCAUAACAUUCAGCAAUAUUUGGCCUUUUUUGAUGAAAUUCAGGACGCUAUCCGCGCGCACACUUUUGCAAGUCUCUGCGAGAGAUUUCAAGUUCCAGUGUGA